UGCAUAUGUUUGAAAGAAGCGCACCUCUGAAAGCAAAGUUGCCAAAAAUGGUAAACCGAAAGUUGACGAACAGAUUCAUAUUUGCAGUAAACGUUUAAAAUUAGGUGUUCGUGUUGUUGCAUGGUGGACAGAAUAAUUGGAGAAAAGUAUUGCAUAUGCCGAAUUCCUUGUUAAAUUUCUAGGAUUUGUCAAAAUCUUACGCAAAUGUAUGUGAACCUCAUAAUAAAAUUAGCUAAGUUGGUUAAAAUUGUAGCAAAGCCUUUGAUAAUAUAAAGACGCCAAAGAUGCAAAGUGUUGCACGUUUCUUGGGUGUUGGUGAAAUUGACGAGGGCACAAAAGAAAGAUACAGACAAAGAAGAGAGAAAUGCUAUAGAACAGAUCUGAAAUUCCAGGGAGAUGAAGUGGAUUUUGGAAGAAAAAGCUGUGUUGGCAGAAAAGAGUGUAAACCAAGGAAGAGGGAGUCUUUAUUUCAGAUUGUUGGAAAAGCUGUGGGAGCAAAAGAUAAAAGUGGAAAGCAAAACGUAGAAGAGAAAAUGAGAAGUUUUGCACCAGCUGAUCUUAAUAACAAAGAGAAGUAUCCAGAGCCAUCACCUGCUGAUGUAACUAAGUUAAAAGAAGAUUUGUUUUAUGAUGAACUCAGGAAAGAUGAUGAAGUCCCUGAUGAAAGGAAUGGUAAAGGAGAAAGUCACAUGGACAUGGCUAUGGAACGUCCGAGAGAAGUAGGUGAGAAAGGGAGAGGAGAGAAGAACUUUGAUGAAGUAGAUAUGCCCAUGUCACGUCACAGAGAGGAAGAAGAAGAACAUGAUGAACUUGAUACUAGAAAAAUUAGGGUUCAAGAAACCAUAUUGCCACCCAGAGUUGAUGUUGGUCCAGAUAUUCCCUUGCAUGUGAUCAGGACUAGGAUUCCAGAAAGAAUAUCAGGUAGACCUGGAAUGAAUAGAAUCCCUGUUUUUAUAAGUCGUGAAGUUCCACCAAACUCUGUUCUAAAGAAGAAGAAAAGAGAGGCAGUUUUUGACCAAUUAUGUGACAGUGCCAAGGAUUUCUUUUGUUGUAAAAUAUGUAAACAAACAAAAAAAGAAGGAAGUUUGGAUAAACGACCAUAUUUUUCUUACUUCAUCACCUUUGUACAAGUAGUUAUAAUGAUAGCGGCUGUGGCAGUUUAUGGCUUUGCUAGACCUCACUAUAGUAAAGUGGAAGAUGAACAACUGGUUUUGAAACCAUCUUUAUCCAUUGAACUGGUUAGAAAGUCAGAGUUUGGAAACAUAUGGCUAGGACCAAGACAGGAUGACUUAAUUCAUCUUGGUGCCAAGUACUCUCCAUGUAUGAGGAAAGACCCAAAUCUUGUCAAAGUACUGAAAGCAGAUAGGGAAGAGGAAAAAACUUCAGGAUGUUGUGUGAGGGACGAUGGGGCUGGAUGUGUUCAAACAGUAGAAUCUCAAUGUAGUAAUUUAAUAUCAACCUUUGUGAAGUGGAAUAAAACCAAACCAUCCAGCUUAGGAUUUACAUCAGGUGCUGUGUGUGGUCAAGAUCCAAAAUACUGUAAAAAGCCAUCUUCCAUUCCUCCAUUUGAAUGGAAUAAGAAUGAUAUGACAGAAUGGCCAUUAUGUUUAGACACAAGAAAACCAGGAUACAAUCGUUCUGGAAUCAUUAAUCAAACUGACAGACAUAUGACAUGUGAUAUGUUAGGGAGGCCAUGUUGUCAUGGUAUACAAGGAGAGUGUAUGAUAACAACACGAGAACAUUGUGACUUCCUGCGAGGAUACUACCAUGAUGAAGCUUUCCUGUGUUCUCAGGUGAAUUGUUUUGAAGAGGUGUGUGGUAUGAUACCGUUUGUAUAUGCUGACCGACCAGAUCAGUUUUCUAGAGUUUGGGCAUCUAAUCUACUUCAUGCUGGAUUUCUUCACAUGUUGAUUAGUUUCUUCUUCCAAAUGAUUGUUAUGGCCAGAGUGGAACAACUGUAUGGAUCCCUAAGGAUUAUGUUUAUUUAUGUCGGUAGUGGUACUAUUGGUACUUUAGCUAGCUGUACCCUAUUACCCUAUCAUGUUGAGACUGGACCAGCUGGUGCCCAUUUUGGUAUCUUGGCCUGUGUAUAUGUGGACAUCAUUUAUAAUAUACUAAACAACUGGCAGAAUGACAAAUCAUACUUAAAUGCUGGACUCAAAUCUAACUUAGCUAUUUAUAGCUUGGUGCUACUUGUCCUAUUUGUAUUAGGUUUAUUGCCAUGGUUAGAUAACUGGGCUCAUUUAUUUGGAUUUGUAUCAGGGGCUUUGUUAUCAUUAGUGCUGAUCAAGGAUAUACAAAUAGAAGAGAAAGGACUGACCAAAUUACGUAUUAUUGUUGUAUCUUUGGCUUUAUUUGUGCUGAUGUUUGUUUUACUUAUGAUUGGGUUUUAUGUUGUACCAAUUACUGAAGGAUCAUGGAUACAAUAUUUUAACUGUAUUCCAUUCGAUGAUACAUUUUGUCACAACAUGGAUGUUAGCAUAACAAGAGGUGCAAGUUACACAAAAUAUUUAUAGAUUUCCAUAGUUAC